GAGACUGUACGCAGUUGUCUAUAUUGUAAUUACAGCAGCAUGACCCGAGGAAAAUCGGACUUCAUUUCUAGGAAAUCACCUUUUCCGGGUGAUCAAACACGGGUCUUCGUUUUAUCAUUCGCUUAAGCGACCCUCAGGAAAUGCCGCUUACUGUAUUUUGGUAAUUGGUUCAAGGAUUAAUUAUCUGGCAUGCUCGUGAUGUAAAAAAGCAGUGUAUGUUCUUGAGUCUUGGAUGAAUAUAGAUGCAGCGAUUAUUUAUCACUCUGUACCGGCAAUAUCUCUUAAACAAGCUUUUAAGGUGGAUGAUAAGGCAACGAUUUUUGAUAGGCACCUGUAGUUGUUCCCAAAAUUUUUCACGAUACGGACAGCUAUGCGGCAAUCCGAGAACUGUGAUAUGAAUUUAUACGAAGAAAGUGAAAUUGACCACUUUUAAUAAAGUCAGUGAAUUGUACUAGGAUAUCCGUUAGAGUGUAUAUACAUACAUGUCUAGUUUGUGGAUCAUUCGAAGCAUCCGGUUUGUCCAAAGACAAUAUGUUUCAAUGACUGAAUGAAUGAAUUAUAAGAUAUUAUGAACAAGAAUGGGGUGGAUCAAAGUAUCAUAAACAAAGGGACAAUCCAGUUGGCUUACAUAAAAUUUGAUGCCUGUUUUCAACAACAACACCAACAAACUCCAGCGUCUAAUGAGCAGACGUGCUUCUAUCGUCUGCGUUCUUUUCCCGUGCUUCCAUCAUAAGUAACGAUAUAUUUAGCUAUAUUUUGGCGCAAAACACACCGAGGUACAUAACAGCUGGGUAAUAUUCAAGUAAUUAUUCACAUUAUAGAGCCAUUUUACAUGUGUUCGACUGUAAUAGGUAUUAUCCUAUAGUUAAAAAAAAAAUUUGAUUAAUUUGCGUGAUGUCGAGAGAAGACAAUGCGAAGGGAAUGCUACGAGCAAUGGUGUCACGCUCUCUUCCCCAUUUGUCUACCUGUAGUGAAUGACAGCUGUUGAAUCGAUAUUUUGAUUGAAUUUUCCAUCACAUUUGAAUAUGUCAGCUCUCGUCAUGGUCGAACCAGCCAAUGAAAAAACACGUAUUGAUUCUACGGAGCAGCUAAUACGCCAAGUGCCAGUAGCAUUCGCGGAUCCAAACGAUGAAACCAGUGCAAAUGUCAAACGUCCCAAUUCAUUGCCGAACAGCCUCGAUAAACAUUCAGAAUGUCGUACUGAGCACAAGCAAAAUGCCAAACUUUUGCAGGAUUUAAAAUUCCAGGAACAUGGAGAAAUUGACGGCCGCAUUAAUCAGGCCUACUCCUCACCUGACAUCGAGUUACAAAAUUAUAGCUUUCAGGUAAACAAGAAAGUUGACCACGGCAGCCAAACAGACGAAGAAGUAGGUAAAUACGAUUCCCAGAUGAGUCUUCAAAAUACUUCCAUUCCACACACGCGGUUGCCGCAAAUAGAUUGUGCCAUCAUCGCCGAAGAGGAUACGUCGAGAAGCGUAUUAUUAGAGGAUGGUGGGGGACGAGAAGAGGCGCGAAACAACAACAAAGCCACGAAGGACAACAUCAUUUCGGACAUUGGUGCCGAUAUAAUGAGAGUGAAUGGGGCCAUUGGUUCGUUUAAGCAGCUACAGAAGCCAACCUCCAUGCAGUCACUUCCCACUUCCUCCAAAAUGAGUUUUAAUGACGAAACCGGAGCCGGUACGGCUCUAGUGGAGAAAGGUGAUUCCGGAAAGUGUAUGGACGAUAAACAGAAAAAGGAUAAUAAACCGAAUGCGGGGUAUAGACUCGGCAAGCGGAAAGCCUUGUACGAACGGCGGAGGAAAAUCUCCGAUUACUGUCUCGUCCUCGGCAUGGCCGGGAUUCUGCUUAUGAUCCUGGAAACAGAGCUCAUAAUGGCCAAAGUUUAUGUCAAGGACAGUUAUUACUCACUGGUGUUGAAGGCCUUCAUCUCUCUGUCCACUUUUUGUUUGAUUGGUCUUAUACUCGCCUACCACGCCGUCGAGAUUCAGUUGUUUGCCAUUGAUAACUGUGUGGAAGAUUGGCGGAUCGCGAUCUCAUGGAAGAGAAGUUUCCAACUUAGCCUUGAAAUCCUCAUCUGUGCGGUCCAUCCGAUUCCAGGGGAUUCUUUCUUCUUCAUAUGGAAGACGGAACUGUACGAUGGGCAGACUGUGAGUGAAGAACCAGUGCCAGUGGAUAUACUUCUCUCUAUUCCAAUGUUCAUGAGACUGUAUCUCAUCGCCAGGGUUAUGUUGCUCCACAGUAAACUAUUCACGGACGCUUCCUCGCGGAGUAUAGGAGCGCUGAAUAGGAUUAAUUUUGAUACACGUUUUGUGUUGAAAACUUUAAUGCACAUUUGCCCAGGAACUGUGAUGCUUGUAUUUACUCUUUCUAUGUGGAUUAUCACCAGUUGGUUACUACGUGCCUGUGAAAGCUAUUUUGAUCAUCGACAUGAGAACAUUCUGAACGCCAUGUGGAUGAUUUCAAUCACUUUUCUGUCGGUGGGCUACGGUGACAUAGUCCCAAACACGUAUUGUGGGAGGACCAUCGCCAUCGCGGUGGGCUGUAUGGGUGCUGGUAUUACUGCUUUGAUCGUUGCUAUUUUGUCCAAAAAGUUAGAACUCAGUAGAGCCGAGAAACACGUCCAUUUCUUCAUGAUGGACACCCAAUUGUCAAAACGAUUGAAGAAUGCGGCAGCUAAUGUAUUGCGAGAGACGUGGCUAAUAUACAAGUACACAAAACUUGUCAACAAAAUCGACGCCGGGAAGGUCCGAGCUCAUCAGAGAAAGUUUCUUCAGGCAAUCCACAGUUUGCGCAAAGUAAAAAUGGGGCAAAGGAAAUUGGCCGAAAAUCAAAACACACUAGUUGAUAUUGCGAAGAAUUUAGGUCGUACAGGCCUGGAACCGCCUCACAGCGUCUAUAUUUCAAUCCCCCACGUGCAAUUCAAACAGACACAGGGACAAAUUCAUGACACAGUUUCAGAUGUCUUUACGAAGACAUCUACGCUGGAAGAUCGUGUGAAUAAAAUAGAAAACACACUCGUGUCUUUACAAGGUCAGCUUGAGAAACUUCCAUUUUUAAUUGCGGAGAAAGUGUCCUUACGAAGGAACGAGCCGCAUUAUUCUCUACCUCCCGUUAGGGAUUUGGACAGGGAUCGUAAUUCUCGCGAAAUACACGUAGAACGUGAGAAGCACGUAGAGUCACGUGACAAACUGUUUGAGCCACGUGAGCAGGUAGAACAUCGAGAGCGAGAGAGGAGGCACGAGGAUGUUUUUUCUGACCUUCGGGACAGUGCAGAGUCCACCCGAUCAGAGUUUCAUCAACUUCGGAAAACCUCGCCCCCUCGUCGACGUCAGCAAUCCGCACCUUCAACAAACACUCUUACACAAUACCCACCUUCUCAAGGGAGUAUGAGUCAAAUCUAAUAUUGACCCAGAUUGUCUCUGGAAACCCCCUCAAUUAACGAUAGCGGUUUUUUUGUCAUGGAAUCAUGUAUGGUGCCAGUAUAGUCAUUCCAGUGUUAUUGUGUGAAUACCACUAGACUCCAUAUAGCUUUAUAUUGAUUUCUUAUUAACAGGACUAUCAACGAUUAUUGCUACAUGAAUACUUUAAUCGCUUGUGAACAAGGUGAUCAUUUAUUUGAUGAUUUUUUUUUUGUUUGGUUCGACUUUUUCCAUUGCAUCGAUGAAGGUUUUCAGAGAAACAGGACUCUGGUGAUUUGGUUGCUAAGUGACAUGGAUGUUUCAUGAAAACUAUAUUAUUGCCGUUAAUUUUUGUUUGUUCUGUCGAACUUGAUUGGCAAAAGCUGUGAUAUACACAAUGUUAUUUUGUGAUGUUAAAUGUUGUUUGACGUUCCAUAGAAACUGAACGUUAUAUAAACGUUAAGUGUUGAAUAUACAGGUGUGGUUCCAGUGGUGAAUGUCAUCUUAUAAUUAAUACAGUGUCUUCCGUUUGCAGGGCUCACCCUUUGGAUCCGCCUCAGACACAUUCCUCAUGCUUUAAUUCCUUUCCUUUCUUUAAAAAAAAAAAUAUGCUACAGUGCCUCAACGAUUAACAUUAAGCAUGCUUUUCUAACUAAAACAGCAUGCAUACAAAGAACUGAAAAAAAUCCAAAGGUUUUACCUGUUUUCAAUCUUUGCAGUGUAUCAACUAAAUUUUUUAAAAGACAUUGCUCUACGCUCAUAUGGUAUGACAAAACAUAUGUUAUCAAUGUUUUGUGGUGGAAAAAGAAAGAUAACUCUUGAGGAGGCAAUCGUCUCAAUUCAACAGAAGUUUUUUAAUGAAUUAUUCGUUAUUGUAUAACUGCGUUAGUAAUUAUGUUUCUUGUUGUAUUUUAUGUAAAUGAAACUGAAAAUAUAAAUCCUGCUUUGGCUUUCAAAAUUUAUUCACUAACAAAAUGUGUUAAUACCUUAACAUAUAACUUGCCAGAGGAAAUUUUGAAAACGUUUUGUUACAAUUGGCAGAAAGAAUAUAUUUUUGUAGACUUGUAAAUAUAUAGUUCGUCUUUUCGAAGAAGUACGUUUUUUGUUUUGUUUCGUUUGUUAUUUUGUCAAUACUGUGUUACGUGCUUAAUCAUUCCCCAUGUGCUCAACAGAUUUCUAUAAUUAAACUUUAACACUUUUUUAAAAUUAAUGAAUAACAAUAACCAUUAUCCAAACAGCAGCCUCUAACCUUUUCCCUCUUUACUAACAUAAGCAUCAGCGCAUUCAGUCACCCAGGUACUUUUGAUUUAAAAGAUGUAUCUAAGCACAUCUGCACGAAAUUCGCCCUUACAUUCUUUUUAAUCUAUGAAACAUAUGACUUGUAAGUUAAAAGAUAUUCCCAACUUAAAUGUAUCUCCACUUCUUUGAUACUAUAAAAAUUUCUAGGCUCAUUGUUAUGUGAUAUUCUGGGAAAGCAAUUUACGUUACAAUAUUGUACUUCAUUUAAAUAUUUGGUUCCUGGGCAAUUGCAGAUUAUUCAAAAUGAAAUGUUCAGUCUGUUGAUUAAUUUUAUCAAUAAAUGUAUCUUGAGUGUUGAGAAAACAGAUCUUGCAAUUAACAUUAUCAUGGUAUCCAUGGAAAUGUUUAAUUAUAACAUUUUUGUUCAUAUUCAAAUUCAAAAGAAAACGUGCAGAAGAUAUAUCUUUGAAGCAAACUAUUUUAAGGAAAAGAACUUUAAGAUCACAAGUACUGAUUAUGUAGGUUUUGUUACAAUGUAUUAUUUAUCAUUUGCAAGAAUUUUUUGUUCCUUUGAAAAAUUCUGAUUCUCACAUUCUUGAAUUACACUUUUUGUGUUACUUAAUUCAUUCAUAGCCAUUUAUUUUUAAGAAAAAUAAAAUGGAAACUGAAAUUUAAAACUGACAAGUGCCUGUAGUUUGCAAUAACAGAGUGUCAAAAUUAAACAAAAUCAUGUUAUUAAAGCAAAGAAAAAAAUAUAACUUACCGUUCCUCUUCCUUGAUUUCAUAAUUUUGCAUCAAGACUCUGUUUCUCCUGUUGAAUCAUCUUCCCGAAGUAUGAAGAGAUGAAGAAAUGACUUUACACAUUCCAGUUUAAAUAUCUUUUUUCUCAUGAAAUCCUUUAAUGAAUUAUGUUUUUUCCUCUUUGUUUUACUAAUACAUCGUGUGCUAAGACAAUCACAAUUAUCUCCAGAUAUUUAUUUGAAAAUAAAUAUUUUUGUUCUUUAUGAUUAAUUUUAAAACAGAAAUCACUUGUGAACUUGACAAUUUCUACUUUCAUAGACCUGUUUAUAAUGCGUUUUUAUUGUUUUAUUCCAAUGUCAUUGUCUUGUUUUUCUUAUGGAUAUAACACCAGCAAGCCCUGAUAUUAAAAUAAUGCACUCAUAUAAUAUAUAAAAUCAUUGAAAAUUAUGGUUUGGAAGUGAUACUGCGAAAUAAAAUGAUAUAUAUAACAAACA